GCGAAACGACUAGCAAACCCUGCGUUUAAUCCACUGCAGCACAUAGCAUCUCUGUCCCUUGAUUUUCCCUCUUCUUCUUGUUAUUGUGGCUCUUCCUCCACCAAAUUUCAGCGAUGGAUUAUUCAGGCUACAACUUUCACCACCACCAGCAGCAACAACAACAACAACAACCCUAUGGCUACGACCCAUCUCAGAUCCAAUACGAUCAAUCCUAUGCUGCAUACCAACAAUAUUACGCUUACAAUCCCCAAUACGCAUAUUAUCCCAAUACCCAUCAACCCCAAUUCCAUUACCAGCCCCAAUCCCCACCACUUCACCCUCCUGGCGUUAAUCCAACCGCUCCUGAACCCUCCUCGAUUGGGCCAUCUCAAUUCAGAGGUAGGGGUGGCAAGGGGGGUAGACCAUUUAGAGGGGGUGUCCGUGGUCGAGGUCAUGGAGUGGGUGGUGGUAGACACAUUCCAACAAAUUCCUUCGGACCUGCUAUUUCUAAAUCUACUGCUGCUGGGGCUACUUCAGUGGUAGAACCGUCAUCAUCAGUCUCUGCACAAACACCAUUGCCUAAAGCAGCUCAAGUGUCAGCAGCACCCCGAAAAGCAUGUUGUGAAAUUUGUAAGGUUGAGUGCAAUAGUCCAGAAAUCUUGGAGCAACACAAGAAUGGGAAGAAACAUAAGAAGAAUAUGAAAAUGCAUGAGCAAUUACAAAGACGCAACACUAUAAAUGGACAACAGAGUGGGCAACUUCGUACCUCUGAAUUGAUUUUAACAGAUCAACCUAAGGAAGUUCAGGAAUCAAAGAAUAAUGGAUGCCCCUCAGAAAAUAUGGGCUCUCAGGUUAUAGUUGAUCAUCACAAGGAGGAAAUACAGAUGCAGAAUAAUGCAGGAAACAUUUCUGAAGUUCCAGCUGAAGUGACUGAGGGGAAAACCCUGGAAAGCUCUGCUGCAGGAGGCCGAGGAUUGAAGCGGAAGAAGAAAGGAGGGAAGGGGGGUAAAUACAUGAAAACUAAUGAUGGUUCAAGGCCAGUGGAACUUCCAAAACCUGCACAACCUGUGUCUUUUAGAUGCGAGAUGUGUGAUGUUAAAUGUGAGUCACAAGUUGUUUACCAGAGUCAUGUGACUGGGAAAAAGCACUUAUCAAGACUAAAGCGUGCCCAUAGUCACCAAGCUUCAGCUGUUGUAGGUCAGCAAACUUUGUCUGGAGGAAUGGCUGGGCUUCAAGCACUUUACCCACCUGACAUCAAUGCUUUGUCUAAUGCAAUUAACGCUCAAGUCCAACAAGGUGACAAUGAUCCACAGCUACUUUUGGCUCAGCUACUGAUGACUGUACUAUCUCAAGCUCAAGUUCCAGCAACAGCACAUCCUACCAGAGACACAAAACCUGAGCUUUUACCUGUUCAAGGUUCAAGUGUGGCCAUACAAAUUGAAGGUGGAAAUUCUAAAGUUGAACAACAGGUGCUAAAACAUCCCCCAGAUAAUUCAGAUGUCACGCCCACAGCCAAUUUAAGUGCAGCAAAUGACCAAAUACCUUCAGCAAAAUGUGAAGCUCCCACCUUUUAGUAGGACUAAGAAGAUACAAUCACUCUCGAAUUUUUCUCUUUUUUGGGGUUAAAGGGGAAUUAUUUGUUCUUGGGACUUUUUUUUCUAUUAGGGCGAGAUAUGAAUGCAAAACAUUGUUCGUUGUUGGGACCAGAUUAGGGAACGUGAACAUGUAAGGACAAUGCUAUUUUAUUUAACAUUUGAGAAGACUGAAAAAGACUAUACAUUUAUCACAUUUGUGUAGAAAAGCUUUGAUGAUACACAGAUCAUACAGGCACCCAAGAUUAAUGGUACUAGAAUAUUGUAGAUAAUUUUUCGAAUAUGCAACGGGAAAUGCUAGGUUAAAUCAGAAGAUUUUGGUUAGAAAACGCUGCGUAGUUGGUGAGCAAAU